UUUUUUGUCUUAUAAUUUUAACAGUUUGUUUUUUUUUUCCGAAAAUUUUGAUAAGUUUUUUUAAAUUGUCGACAAUCGCAUAUAUUUCGACUUUUGCCGCUUUUUAUUCAAUAUAUUGUUUGUCCUGACAGUGUGUUAGGUCCUCUGCUCCCUUUCCAAAGUGAAACCGGGAUUUGAAGGAUACUUUGUUUUUUUUUUAUUUCCAGUUGAAUACUUGACUGAGAGACGUGCGCGAAAGGGGGAGAGGCGCCAUUGCCAGCAACACAGAACGCUACGUGGGUGGUCCUACCGAGGAACGCAACACGUGUGUGGUCCCGGCUGGUUUCUCUUCUACGUUAUAUGCUAUGAGUCGCAGAGACCGUGGAAGAUGCCGAGGAGCCGCCUCGCACAAACGAAAGGGAGGAUCUCGUGAUCACGUGGCUUGUCUUUGAGAACAACGGCGUCUAAUUUGUGAGAGAGCGCGAAAAAAAUGAUGCGUCUGCUAGCUUUCAGUUUGCUCUUGUUUCCCGAGUCGUUCUCCGAAAUGGUGCACGGGUUCACCGCUAACGACGACAGUGAAUUAAACAGUACGUGGAAAGAAAAUCUCGGUCUGAGUUCCCGGCACAGGAUCAAAGACUCUAGUUAUUUGCUGGACAGGUAUCCGAUAGGAGAAUUGUCGCCGGACGUUUCGACAUGUCGCAGACCUGCCAAGUGUAUUUCUUUAUAUAAAAAUACUUGCAUGGGAACGAAAAUACCUUAUUCCUUCACUACAUUGGAUCUCAUACCCGAACGUGCGACGCCAGAAAUUGUUGAGGAAAAACUGCAUUUGCUACAGGCCUUGCAACAUGUACCAAAGUGCUGGGCUGUCGUUCAACCGUUUUUGUGUUCAAUUUUUAUGCCAAAAUGCGUAAACAAUACAGUGGAGCUGCCGUCUCAAGAGAUGUGCAAAAUGGUGUCGGGACCCUGCAGAAUGUUGAUUAAUCACACGUUGUGGCCGAGUUUUGCCAAAUGCGACAAUACGAAAUUAUUUCCACGAUUGUGCGACUACAAAAAUGACGUGCGGGAAUUGAAGUUUAACAUCACCGGCAAGUGCUUGAAACCUCUUGUACCUACUGACAACGCUCUCUCGAUUUUUGACGGAGUCGAAGGCUGCGGAACACAAUGUUACGACCCGUUGUACACAUUCGACGAACACAACGAAAUACAUUCGUUUGUCACAUGGGCCGCUGGCAUCUGCUGUGCCUUCAAUUUAUUCACUGUUAUAACGUUUUUGAUAGACUGGAGAAGCGCCAAUAAGUAUCCAGCUUUGGUCAUAUUUUACAUAAACAGUUGUUUCAUGGUGUCUUGCAUAGGAUGGCUGAUCCAGGUCACUCCUGGCAGCAGAGACGCGAUUGUGUGUCGUAAAGACGGAACUUUAAGGAUGAGCGAGCCAAGCGGCGAGAAUUUAUCCUGCGUAGUUGUUUUUGUGCUCGUUUAUUACUCCAUGAUGGCAGCUAUGGUGUGGUUUGUUAUACUAACUUACGCCUGGCACAUGAGCUUCCAAGCGCUCGGCAAAAUACAGGAUCGGAUAGACAAGAAGGGCGCUUACUUCCAUCUGAUCGCUUGGUGCAUACCGCUCGUCCUGACGGUUACAAUCAUGGCGUUGGGCGAGAUCGACGGCAACAGUAUGACAGGAAUAUGUUUCGUCGGUUACACCAAUCACGCGGUGAGAAUAGGAUUUGUGCUGUGUCCUGUUUUAAUUGUUGUACUGAUAGGAGGCUAUUUUCUCUGCAGAGGUCUUUACACGCUUGUUUGCUUAAAAAUAAGCAGUCAAGAGAUCAUAUCCGAGAGAGCGAGUUCAAAGAUCAAAGAAACCAUUGUGAGAAUGGGACUCUUUUCUAUAUCCACUCUCGCGGCGGUUAUUGUGACGUUCUAUUGUCACAUUUACGAGUUUCAACAUUCUUGGCAGUGGAAACAGAGUUUCAGAGAUUACAUGAUAUGCUCGAUAACGACAAAGUUCUCAGACAUCUCCGAGUGUAAAAUGGACACGAGACCAAGCACGGGUAAAUUGCAAUUGCAUUUAUUAGCACCAUUUUUCGCCGGGGUUCUCAUGUCGUCCUGGGUUUGGACAAGUUCAACGGUCGACACCUGGUGCAGAUUUCUUAAGAGCGUGUGUCUUCUUUUUGCUUGCAGAGUCUUGAAUCGCGAGUCCGAGGAGCCUCCAAUAAAAUUGAGCAAGCACAAACUCAUCGCGCAUCUAUUUGCAAAUCGAAAAACGUUCCACAAGGCCGGCCGUUUGUCAAUAAGCUUUCACAACACUCAUGAGGAUCCGGUCGGACUUAACUUCGAUCUCAACUCGGCAGCCUCGCAGGACUUCAGUUCCACUUGGGCGGCCGCGUUACCCAAGUUGGUAACGCGGAGAGGCGCACUGGUUGCCGGCGCUACCGGAUCUGUGUCAAGUAAUCGGCGAAAUUCGGCGGAUUCCGAGAUCAGUUACAGCUUUCGAUGUGUUUCCAUGGAGUCCAGGCGGAAUUCGCUGGAUUCACAGAUAUCCGUGCAGAUCGCACAAGUGAAGACGACGCGGAAAGUCGCCAGUCGGUCCCGCGGUCGUCGUGGAAAGAAUAGAAGGGACUUUGCGAAGUCUCGAUCGACGAAAAUCGAUCCGAUUUCUAGACGAGGCAGCACCACUUCUCAAGAUAGUCAAUUGAUGGCGCAAAUAUCGCCUCAGAUGCCUAAUAUGGGCAGAAGAUUGGGAAACGCCGGACUGGACAAGCGAACAUUAGACUCGAAGAUCAUUGACACCAAAACUCCGGCUCUGCUGUUACCGUUUUUGUCUCCCAGAACACAGAGCGGCAGCGAUGAAAAUUUGAGCAGCGACGAGAAGAGACAUCAGGAUAUAACUGACAAGGAUAUCGACAUGGGCAACAUGGAGAAAGAAGAUGAGCAGGACAGCGACAGCGAAGACAGCCAACCGGAUGAAGAAACGAAGAUGUUGGACUCCGAGGAAACGCGCGAUAACAAGAAUAAAAACAGCAACAAAACUUGCAAGGCUUAUAAUCACGAAGACGACAGAAGAAGUCACAGAGGCAAGUACGUUGACGAGGCUAUUCUGAAGCAUCUGCUUCAGGAGACCAGUGAUAUUAAAGCGAAGAAUGAGAACGAGAAGGAGAUACAUAGAAUGACUGUGAUAAAUGACUUGGAUUCUAAUCUCACUUCGCGUUAUCCGGAAUUAACGCGAUUGUUGCAAAACGAGGGGCAGACGAACGCUAGGGAGAUAGCUACGCAGACUUCGCUGCCUCUUGAUAUACUAGAGAUGGAGGAAUUGAAACAAAGUAUCGACGAGAUAAUCAACAGCAGAAAUUGCAGCUCCAAAGGGACUCAAAUAUCGCCGCAAUUGAAGAAAAAUGUUGGUAGGGAAAUGCGUGAAGGAAUGUGAAUAUCAUCAUGUGUCAUUCUACACACACGUUUGUGUGUAGAAUGUAAGACAAUAGAACAUUUUUCUAUUUUAGUAACAAAUAAGUAUUUAUUUUUGUCCUUUACUUUUUAUAUGUCAACUGUAUUUGUUCUACAAUGUAUGGUAAAGUGUGUAGCUGAUUAUUAUUAAUAUACAAAAAAAAUUCACAGAAAUCUUUUUUUUUUUUAUAUUUGUAUCUAAUACAAAUGUUUAUCAACCGGCCCGGUAAUCUCGCGGCCUGAAUGUCGGGUCUGUUAAUAGGGAGGUCUCGAGUUCGAAUCCACAUCUUUGGAUUUUUCCGGGCCGGUCUCUUUCAAGUCGAGUUUUUAUCGAUUGAAAACAUCGAACUGACUCGAGCCUUCAAUCAGCUUGUUGAAUUGGUUAUGAAAGAUGUGGAAGAGGAAUGUAAAAAAAAAAAA